AUGGCCGCUCAGGGUUCCGAGAGUAUCAAUCUGGAGACGCUGGACACACAGCAACUCAGUCAGGUCAAGAAGCAAUUGGAAGAAGAACUCGAGCACUUGACAAACUCGUUCGCCCAGCUACACAGCGCACAAUCCAGGUUCAAGGAGUGCCUUCGGUGUGUCAAGGCCAGGCCUGGUGCUGGCGAUGGUAUGCAGGCCCCCAACUGUCCCGUCUUAUCAGUAGCCAGCCGAGUUAACAUUUCUCCAGGCGACAAAUCUGUCCUAGUGCCGCUAACCAACUCCCUCUACGUACGUGGGGAGCUUUCGGAUCCAAAGCACGUCAUCGUCGACGUAGGCACAGGAUUCUACGUCGAGAAGGAUACCGAGUCUGCCGAACGUUUCUACGAAGCCAAGGUUCAGAAUUUGAUGAAUAACAUUCAGGACCUCGAGGUGAUCGUGCAGCGGAAAACGCUAAAUGUGCGAAGUGUCGAGGAUGUACUAAGGCAGAAGGUUUUACAAAGCCAAAUAGCAUAA